AUGACAUACACUGGGAAGAUGCCGCCGCUCUAUGUUAGAGCAUCCAUAGCUACUGGAGCUGUUAUGACGUUAUGGGGGCUCGACACUGGUAGCAUAGGUCCGAUUACGGCCAUGACAACCUUCACACAGUCUUUUGGGCACUUUUCGGCGACGGUUCACGGCGCUAUCGUUUCAACACUUCUGAUAACCGGGACCAUUAGUGCUCUGCUUGCCGGUAUGUUGGCAGAUCAACUCGGACGCGUCGCCAUGAUAUCGAGCGGAGCCGCAGUGUUCGGAAUUGGAGCUGGUAUCGAGUGUGGUUCAGUACAUCUCGCCAUGUUCGUAGCCGGUCGCGCUAUCAAAGGUCUCGGUACAGGUCUUUUUGUCAGCACUGUUGCUGUCCAAAUCUGCGAGAUAACGCCGUCAAAAUCACGUGGAUUUUGGGUUGCCUUCUCUCAGUUCAUGCUCACCGUCGGGCUUUCGCUGGGAUACUUUGUGUGUUAUGGCACAGGACGAAUCACUGAGUCAUCUGCUUCGUGGCGUCUUCCGCUUGCGAUACAGUCAAUUCUUGGCUUCGGAUUUGCUGCGACAACGUUGCUCGUCCCGCCCUCACCUCGUUGGCUUGUUGCAAAGAACCGGCUUGAAAAGGCUCGUCAGGUUGUCUCCCAAUUAGGGAUCAGCGAGGAAGAACAGCAGGAGAUGUUGGAACAGACGAGCCAGACUCAGCUUCACUCUUCAGAUUUGAGCUUGCGACAAAACAUGGCAGCAACCUUUAAAGACUUCCGAAAAGCAUUUUCGCCACCGUUCCGUUCCAGAACUGCGUUUGGCUGCUCUCUAAUGAUCUUCCAACAGCUUAGUGGCAUUGACGGAGUCUUAUACUACUCCCCGCUGCUCUUCAAACAAGCGGGCAUGGCCUCAGAAGAAGCAACCUUUCUGGCGUCCGGAGUCACAGCACUGCUCAUAAUGGUAGUGACGAUUCCAGCCACCAUAUUUGCGGACAGAUGGGGCCGUCGAACAUCUACCCUCAUUGGAGGUAUCGGCAUCACCGUGAUUAUGUUUUUGAUUGGAUCUAUUUACGCCGCUGACCAGGUCCGCGCCGAUGGAGGAGCAGGAAGAUGGGUCGUUAUUGUGUCCAUAUAUCUCUUCGCCGUUGUUUUCAACAUGACCUGGGCCAUCUGUAUAAAGGCUUUUCUGGUAGAGAGCCUCCCAAGAGAGACGAGAUCAAGCGGCGCAGCAUUGGGGCAGAGUGCCAACUGGCUUGCCAGUUUUGUCAUCGCCCUGGCUACGCCUCCAUUCCUCGCUGGUUCUGCAUCCGGCCCGUACUUCUUCUUUGGAAGUUGUACACUGCUGAGCGUCAUAGUGUGCGGGAUUUGGAUGACUGAGACGAAGAACCAGAGUCUUGAGGCCAUCGAGGCAGCUUACCUUCAGCGGAAGUUGGCGAGUAGUGGUAGCAAUGGCAGUGUAGCGAAGGACAUUCCCUCGCAUCCAUCGGAAGUCCCAAGUGUUCUCACUUGCAGUAGAGGGAAACAGGAAGAAGACCAAUGA